AUUAAUUCCAUAAUGAGUGAGAGGAAAGUAGUUGGAAAAAAAUAUGAAUAUCAAACACAUGAUAAAUUGGGAUCAGGAGCAUUUGCAGAAGUUUAUUUUGGGAAAAACAAAUUAACUCAAGAAGCUGUCGCAAUCAAAGUUAUCAAGAGAGCAGUAUUGGCUAAAUAUGGGUAAGGUGUUAAUAAAAUAAUUAAGCGAUGAGAUAUUGUAAUAGAUACAUUAGGAGGUGGAAAUACUAUAGGAAUUAGUAGAGGCUUCUAAAACUGAUGCUUGUCCGUUUAUCAAUAGAAUAUAUGAAUGCUUGGAGACAACAAAUAAUAUCUACAUAGUGUUAGAAUUUUGCAAUUAAGGAACAUUACUCGAUCAAAUUAAAAAAGUAAAGAAAUUAGAAGAAGACGAAGCAUUAUUCAUUUUGUUUUAAUUAUUAUAGGCACUUGCAUUAUUGGCUAAAAAUAAUAUAGCUCAUAGAGAUAUUAAACCUGAAAAUGUUUUCAUAAAGGAUGGAGUUUAUAAGUUAGGAGAUUUUGGUUUUGCUGGAUAAAAAUCAAUGUAUUAGACUCAUUUGGGAACCUUUCCAUAUAUGGCCCCAGAAUUUUUCACAAGUGAUCAAUACGACUCAAAAGUGGAUGUGUGGGCAUUAGGAUUGCUAACUCACGAGAUGCUAUUCGGAGAAAUAUACUUUAUAGGAAAGAGUUAAUUCGAAGUUUAACAGAAGAUUCUAACAAAGUAAUAUAUUUUGGAUGAUUAAAAAUAUGCAGUUUCAGAUGGAGUGAAAGAGUUGUUAAAAUAGAUGAUUACAAAAGAUCCUAAUUAAGUAAAUAUUAAUAAUUAUAUUAUUUAGAGAAUCACAGCCAGAGAUGCACUUAAAGUUGGUGUAUUCGACAAAUUUAGAACUGAUCCAAGAUAUAUAACAAUAAUGGAAAAUGAGAAACAAUUUAUGAAAUAAUUUGAUGGUGAUACCUCUUAGAAAUCUAGCUAAUAAAUUUAAAUUGAAGAAGAGGAGAGAUAAAAAAGAGAAGAAGAAGAAAGAGCAAAAUAAUAAUAGAUGUAAUUAGAUUCUUAGAAGGCUCAAUUAAUAUAAUAGGGAAUCAGAUAGAUAACUGAUGGUAUUAAAGAUAAAUUAAAUGGGAUAUUGUUAAUGGUUUAGUUAUCUGAUUUUUUAAGUCAGAAUCUGAUUGAGAUCUGUCGUUUCGAAAUUUUAUAUAUUCUAAAGUAGGCAGCAAUUCUUAUUUCUUAAUUAAAAGAAAAGUUGAAUGAUAGACUUGUCUUAGGAAAGCAGGAUCAUAUUAAAUUUGAUGUGGAUUCAGAAAUUUGGAAUGUUUUCUAUGAUGAUUCAAGGUAAUAGCAUAUAUAUUUGAUUAUAGUGUAACAUUAUUGAUUGAUGAAGUAGAAGGUGAUCGAAUUUAAAUUCGAAAGAAAUACAUAGAUUAUUUAAAUUACAUUAAUAAUUUUACAUAUACUAAUUAUAGAGAAAGUCUAAAUUACACAGAACAAAUUACAAAUGUAAAUUUCACUAAACUAAUUGAACAUCAAUUAUAUAAUGAAUAAUUGUAUCAGAAGAUAAAGUUCUUGAAGGAAGACAAAGACAAGGUUAAAGAUGAAAAUAUCAGAAAAAUGGUUAAUAAAUGUUUACUAUGGAUGUAUUCAGCCUAUGAAUAUUAAAAAUUAUGUUCAGGAUAAUUGAUGGACAUUAUGAAAUUCAUGGAAGCAUUAAACAAUGAAGAUACUGAGGGAAUGAAAAAUUGUAUAAGAUGGCCAUGAGCA